AUGAAGACAAACAAGCGGCGGCUCGAAGACGACUGCACAGUCAGCCCGUCUGCGUCGAAGGUCCGUCGCACCACGAGAGCAUCAGAUGCCAACGAGACACUGGCUCAACUCCCACAGCCUUCAUCGCACCCGGUAUCUGCUGAACGAUUCAAAUUCAAAGUGAGAAUACAUUCUAGGCAGAAGGCAGAGGCCCUGGACCCCAAACUUUUCACCGCCCUCGCAGAAGAAAACCCACUUGAUCACGUCUCGCCGACUGGAUCUGCCGAAUUCAAGGACAGUCAGGACAAUGGCUUUGACGAUGAUUAUCCUACUGUUGCAGACGACCCCCAGUACCAGCCCAUGCCAGGAAAUGACGCUGUUGAACCUUUGGACGUCGGCUACCUCCGAGAUGACCUGGCGGAAUAUGACGAGUUCACCGGCAUGCCUUGGCUGGAGGCCAUCGAUGUCGUUGCAACACGUGCUCGUUCUGUGAUAGACGCGGAACCAUCCACGAGUCGUGUUGGAUUUUGUGGAGCCAAACUGAUCAGAAGAAGCAAGUUUCGAAGUUCCUUUCACUACCAAAUGUGUAAGCCAUUUGAUGAAUCGACUCUGAUGGCGUUCGACCUCUUCGACCAGCAUGGGAGACUGAAGGAAACGUAUAAGCUCCAUGAAUGUUUGAAGGGCUCCGGAGUAUGGCAAGAACAACUCGAUGAGCACGAAAUCUUGCUCAUCGAAGACGUCACUGUCGACAAGCAGUAUCGACGGCGGGGACUGGGAACAGCAAUGGUGAGAACACUCUUCGAGGUUGCCCGACGAAAAACCAAAGGAGCGAAUUUCGUGGCUGUGGUCUGGCCUCACUCCUCCAAAGACCCCCAUUUCCAGGAUCUGCUCAAGACUAUCUUGUGGACGUCUGGCGGCCUCUUCAGAGCGAAGGUUCUCGACCAGUGUGAUCCCGCGGCUACUCCUUGGGCACGGUCGCUCGGUUUCCGUCGAAUAGGGUCAUCGAUGUGGUUUGGCCUCCCGUGCAUCGCAGGUAACAUCACCGCGGUCCUGCCUAUAGAAGACGAUCGUGAUCCUCAGGUUCUUGACCGUGUCGAAAACAUCCUACCAACCCUUGUCACAAGCGCCCGCUCUGACAAACAAUUCCUGGCAGCUGUUCGGAAGCACUAUCGGCACGUGGAGGCCAAUGACUUGCAAUGGUUAGCAACGGACCAUGAGAAGAAUACAUUGCUGCAUCUAGCCAGCUUGCAGUUCUUUCCCAAGAGCCUAGCUUGGAUCAUGAAGCAGUCCUGCUCAGAUCCCUUGCUGAAAAUGCGCAACUCGAGCUGGUUUGAGCCUCUGGAGGCGCUACUACAGAAACUCGAGAUCAUGCGGACGAGGGCAGUGGUCGGUGAUUCGGUAGUCUUCAAAGCUAACGCUUUCCGCGGUCACACGCUCAACCAAGCAAGAUGCAUCGCUUUAUUGAAAAAUGUUGAAAUCGACUCAGAGGAAGACCUCGAACAGUUUCGCUAUGGCUGUACCUGUAACAAGUGCAGUUAUGGCUACAUAAGCCCACGUAUGAGGUUCUCCUUAUUUAUCGCGGCCUCUAUGGAAUCUUCUCGCCUUGAGGAUUUGCUUGAGCUCUCGGGCAGCGACUUCUUAAUGGAGUGUGAUUGGGGAUUGUUCCACCUGCCAAAAUACAGCCGGAAAUAUCUGGAACGUUACGAGGUGAUGAGGAAGGGGCUUGUCGCCGUCUACAGGCGAUUUGAAGAAUGUCUGAUCGAUCGCGAGGAGCCGACCAAGCGCACGAUCAAGGUCUACAUGGAAUUCGACGCCGAGGAGCAACCACAUCUAGUCUACACAUUCUUCAGAAACAAGGCUAAUAUUGCAGGGGUGGCGAGCACAGUCCUGGAGUUAGCUUCAUGGUCUGAUGAAAUCCGUGGCGACGGCUCGAUCCAGGAGUUGAGGGAAGACGUUGGAACAGAGCACGACCCGACAUGCCGGAAUGACCACGAAUUUGUGCUCGUUGCUCGAAAAUGCGGUUACGCAGGAAUCGUCAAGUGGUUGAGCAUCGGGACGCUCGCCAACAUCUCUUUGCCAUUGGCUUGA